AUGUUUCUGAAACUUUUUCUCUUGGCCACUCUCCUCGGAAUAGCCAUUGCUGCUUGUCCGGACAGUAAUGACAAGGAAAUCAGAGGAUUCUGUUUCAAGUUUGUGGUUCAAAAGAUGACAUACAAUGAUGCUCGUAAUUGGUGCCACUACCAAAAUCCUGUCGGUCCUUCCUAUUUGGCUGUUGUAGGAAAUAAGGAGACUAACAAUAAUUUGGCAGUCUACGCUCGUUCUGCAUUCGGCGCUUCUGCUGAAUACUUCUGGAUUGGCCUCAGUAGAAAUGGAUCUUCUGGAUCCUUGUCCUGGGAUAACGGAUUCCCAGUGAUUUACACCAAUUUCGGAAGUCACGUUGGGAACAACUAUUUCACCGAGAAAAUUUCCAAUACAAAAUGGGAUACACCAGGAGAUAACGAGAAGAAUUACUUUGUGUGUAGCUACGAUCCAACUGUACAACCAGUGACACCGAAAGCUACAACCCCUACAACUACCACAGCAGCCAAUGUCAACUGCCAACUUGGAGGUCAGCAAACAGUUCUUUUCGCCUAUUCAAACGACUUAGCGCCAAGUGUAGUGCUGAACACAUUCAGCAAUUCCUAUCUGAAUGAGCAACUUGUAACAAUUGCAAUUUCGAGAUUCGAUACACGUCAGCCACAAAGUAUAAUGUACUUCAGUGAUUACAUCCAAGCUUACACAUACGUUUCCUCUCAUCUUCCCGAUUCUACUUUGGGAUUCGGGGAUAGUACGACAGGAAGUAAUGUGCUGGAUGUUAUUAAUAACUUUUACAACGACAUCUCCUCUUGUGGAUCGGUUGUGAUGGUUUUGUCGAAACGUUAUCCUAAUACCAUGGAUAUAUCAAGCACUGUGGCAAAAGUUCGCCAAUACCAUGGAAUGGUCAACUUCCUAGCUUCCAAUGCGCCAUCCGGUGGCACACAGUCUCGAGUGCUCUUUGAUCUUUCUUCACGAACAAAUGGAAUUUACAGUAUUGAGGAAGACGCUACUUUCUUACAUUUCAUCGGAUGGAUGCCCCUACGCGAGAGAUACCCGAUUUAUGCUGUCAAUGUAAAAGUCUCAGGACAUGGGUCUCAAGUGCUUCCUCCAAUGUCCGUGCCACGAGAUGUUACUUACCUAAUAAUGGUUUCUCUUCAAAGUCAUUUGCCGAUCAGCAAUGUUCAAUCUGCAAAGCUUAACUGGUUUAACCCACCUUUUCCGCAAGGCGCUUUAUCAAUGCAACCAUCGGAAUGGGCAUAUACAAAUAGUAAUUCCGGCGGAAAUCGUAGGAUAAUUGACCCGGCCGUCUAUAACAUGACCAUUGACUAUAUCUACACGAACACCGAUGUCGAAACUAUGCAAAUCCGCUUCUACAGUUCCUUCUAUACGAACUCUUGGAUCCCGUAUUCAAAUUGAGAUGUUCAAUGCAAAGAGUCGUUUGCGUGAUAAUUUGAAUAAUAUUAUUUACUUUUUUUUAUUAAUAAAACUUUAACAUUU